AUGGCCAGUCCUCUUAUUCGCUCAUUCAGAGCCCAAGGAAGAUCGAGAUUGCUUGCGUUGUCGGCUGCGACAUGCCAGCGCCUUUCUUUCAGAGGCCUUGCAACUAUGGAUGGUGAGUUACACCAUAAGACCCAAAUAGAAACAUCAAGUGUCCAACCACCCGAAGGUCUGAGUAUCUCUUUGAAGAACGCUACUCGUGAUGAUUCUUUGUACGGGACCAGACCGAUCUACUUGGAUGUUCAGGCUACUACCCCAACAGAUCCAAGAGUGCUUGACAAGAUGUUGCAGUUUUACACCGGAUUAUACGGAAACCCGCACUCAUCUACGCAUGCCUAUGGUUGGGAAACCGACAAGGAGGUGGAGAUCGCUCGUGGUCACAUUGCGGACGUGAUUAAUGCGGAUGCAAAGGAAAUCAUUUUCACCUCGGGGGCAACCGAAUCCAACAAUAUGGCUGUCAAAGGUGUUCCUCGGUUCUACAGCAAGGCAAAGAAGCACAUUAUCACUACCCAAACCGAACAUAAGUGUGUGUUGGACUCUGCCAGACACAUGCAAGAUGAGGGAUUUGAUGUCACAUACUUGCCUGUGAACCAAGAAGGUUUGAUAUCUUUGGAUGACUUGAAGAAUGCUAUUCGUAAGGAUACCGUUUUGGUUUCAAUAAUGGCUGUCAAUAACGAGAUUGGUGUCAUUCAACCUUUGAAGGAAAUUGGUAAAAUCUGUAGGGAGAACAAAGUCUUCUUUCACACCGACGCUGCACAAGCCUUCGGUAAGAUACCUAUUGAUGUGAACGACAUGAACAUUGACUUGUUGUCUAUUUCUUCCCACAAGAUCUAUGGACCUAAAGGAAUUGGAGCAUGUUAUGUGAGAAGACGUCCCAGAGUUAGAAUGAUCCCUAUUAUUACUGGUGGUGGACAAGAAAGAGGAUUGAGAUCCGGUACCUUGGCUCCCCCAUUGGUCGCUGGAUUUGGUGAAGCUGCGAGACUUAUCAAAGAAGAGAUGGAUGUAAGUAUUUUUGUUUGCCUAUUCGUGCUUUGGACCACAUGUCAGGAUGAAAUUUCUGGUGAGAUCGCGUGA